AUGAUAUCACGAAAAGGUCAAAAAGCUGUAAACGAAGGCGUAGUUGGCAAAUACAUAAAAAAAGAUACACCGUCAGGUUUGCCGAUAAUAAAUGUCUGGACAACAGAAUAUAACAAAAGACCUCGCAGUCAACCUUUUGGUGUCAACGAUGGGAUUUCACAGAACCAUGAAAAUAAGUUUGGUAAAGCUCAAACGAUGAGCGGCCACGCCGGAAAAUAUACGCCUAGUGAAUCGGUUCCUAAUUUAACGAAUAGGUUUGCUAGUUUUUCAACGAGUGAAACACCAAGCACUGCAAAUAAUUACAACUCACAAUAUCAUCUGGACACAAAUGUGGCAUCACAAUCAGUAUUGAAUGACAUUGAUGAGUCAUUCAGUAGACAGACCAGUUACAGAUACUACCGGCAUCAGCAGGAAGAUCCUAUAUAUCAAAAUCAACAACAGGUUCAACAGCAAAAACAACAGUAUGGUUCAAGAGAGUCAAGCAUUCCUCGGUUAUCAUCAAACAUGAGUUUGACUCCUAGACUACAUCCACCAUCUCCUCAUUCUAUUCGCUUACACAACUGUACUGAAGCUUUCACAACAGCGAGUCAGUCUUCACCCAUUUAUUCAAAUUACGUUAAUACAUCUGCUCUCUCGUACCAUAACAAGAAUCAUGGCAGCAGCAUCAUAUCCAGUAAUCAAGGUUCAGACGAGUGUGACCUGCCGUUGCCGCCGGGAUGGUCGGCGGACCGGACUCUGCGAGGUCGCCGCUACUACAUGGACCACAACACGCAGACGACGCACUGGACGCAUCCGCUCGAGAGCGUGCCGCGGCCGUGGCAGAGAGUCUCCACGCCACACCAUGGUGUUUAUUAUUUCAAUGAAAUAACAAACCAAACAACUUAUGCGCACCCGUGUCUAGUGGGAGGCUGCUAUUUAGUGAGUCCGUAUGUUCCGACGCUCGUCCCGCCCUACUUGCUUGAAGAGAUACCACAUUGGUUAAUUGUUUAUUCUAAAGCCGAUCAAGAGUUGGACCAUAAGUUGCGUUGGGACAUGUUCCGUCUCAGCGAAUUGGACUGUUACUCGGACAUGUUGACUCGCCUGUACAAACAAGAAUUGCAACUAAUCGUAAUGAAAUACGAACGAUAUCGAUCAGCGUUACUGCAAGAAAUUGAGAGAAGAAGGCAUGGCGGUCGAUCGAUCGCUUACCGUCCACAACAUGCGAAUUGA